AUUCAUCUGCCAUUUUUGUUGAGUGUGUGGCCUUUCCGUUUGGUUGGAAAAAUAAAUCUAAUUUUGUGUUGAGUUACGGUACUUUAUGUAUAUCUAAUUCAGUAUCAGUAUUCCAAAAUGUAUUCAAGUGACGAUUACAAUGAGGGCGGCUAUGAAUCUUAUGGUGAUUAUGAGCCUCAUACUGGAGACCCACAGUAUGAUUUGGAGUAUGACAGAUCAUACUAUCAAAUGCCAGAUAUGGUGAAAAAGUUCUUAGUGUACUUUCGCAAUAUGAUCAAUGAGGGAGUAACAUUUGAAAUACUGAACUUGUAUGAAAAUACUUUCCCUAAGCUCACAGAGCAGUAUUUUACCAACACCCCAUGGCCAGAUGAAAAAGAAGUUUCACCAUUGGUUGACAAUGAUAAUAUAUUCAUGAUCCUGUACAAGGAGCUCUACUUCCGGGACAUUUAUGCCCGUGUGCCGGGAGGACCGAAGCCGGAACAGCGGUUCCUGUCGUUCUACAACUACUGCGACCUGUUCAACUACAUCCUGUCCGCGGCCACGCCGGUGCCUCUGGAGCUGCCCGACCAGUGGCUGUGGGAGCUGAUUGAUGAAUUUGUCUACCAAUUCCAGUCUUUUGCUCAAUAUAGGUCACGCACAUCAAAGUUGAGUCCAGCUGAGAUUGAUGCUCUGAACACGGAGAACAAAGCGUGGAACGUUCUCUGCAUUCUCAAUGUGCUACACUCUCUCGUUGAGAAAUCCAACAUCAAGCGCCAGCUUGAGGUGUAUGCUGCUGGUGGAGAUCCGGACUCAGUGGCGGGAGAGUUCGGCCGACAUUCCCUUUAUAAGAUGCUAGGUUACUUCUCCCUCGUGGGUCUGCUCCGUCUGCAUUCUCUGCUCGGUGAUUACUACCAGGCCAUUAAGGUACUAGAAAACAUUGAGCUCCACAAGAAGUCUCAAUACUCACACGUGCCGGCGUGCCAAAUUUCCACAUCCUAUUACGUAGGGUUCGCAUACAUGAUGAUGAGGAGGUACUCGGAUGCCAUCCGGACCCUGUCCUCCGCUCUGCUGUACAUGCAGCGCACCAAGCAGCUGUUCUCGUCCCGGUCAUACCAGAACGACCAAAUUAACAAGCAAACAGAACAGAUGUAUCAUCUGCUAGCCAUUUGUCUUGUGCUCCAUCCGCAGUGCGUUGACGAAUCCAUCCAGCAGGUGCUCCGCGAGAAGAACUACCACGAGAAGAUGUUCAAGAUGCAGUACGGUGACCUCGGGGAGUUCGAGGGCUGCUUCACGUUCGCCUGCCCCAAGUUCCUGUCGCCCUGCCCGCCGCCCAUCGAACCCGGCUCCAACUACGCCCGCGACGCCGUCAAACACCAGACCCAGGUGUUCAUGGAUGAAGUCCGUCAACAAAAGAUGUUACCGACCAUCCGGUCCUAUCUGAAGCUAUACACUACGCUGCCAAUGGCGAAGCUGGCUGCGUUCAUGUCGGCGGCGCGGGGCGGGGAGCGUGACGCAGCGAGGGAGCACGCAGCACUCGCGAUACACUUACUGUGCUUCAAGCACAAGAUGAAGAAUGUGGUGUGGACUAAAGGCCCUAGCGGGCUGGACGGGAAAUUCCAGAGUGGGUCUGAGCUGGACUUCUAUAUUGACAAUGACAUGAUACAUAUCGCGGACACGAAGGUGGCGCAUCGCUACGGCGACUUCUUCAUACGCAAAAUCCUCAAAUUCGAGGAGUUGAACCGCAAGCUGCAUCAUAUUAAGAUCUAAGAGAUUUGUCAAGGCCACGCACAACUUUAAAAUCUAUCAAUAACCCCUGAUCACUGAACUACCAACCCCAACACACCAAGCGUGUCUGGUGGUCCCUUCUUAUAAACCAUCUGGCACCCCAUGGUCUACCAAAAACAUCUAAAAUUUUAAGGCUGCGCCAUAUCCAUUGAACUUUACCAAUCUUAAUGUUGUGCAGGGCUUAAACCAUUUUACAAAUAAACCCAUCUAUUGG